AUGAAUCCUUCUGUUUACCAUCUCCAACUACAUCUGAAAGACCAACAAUUUGUCUCUUUCAAAACAACGGCAGAUCUAAACACAAUCUUGAACAACCCUGCAAUUAGAAGAACAAUGUUAACAGAAUUCUUCUCAAUGAAUACGACAAACAGAAAAGCAAUUGAACUCCAGUUAUUAUACAAAGACUUUCCCCAAUACUUUGUUUGGUCUACAAGGGAUAAAAUGUGGACCCAAAGAAAACAAGGCAACGUCAUUGGCCGUAUUGUUACCUGUCAUCCAACAGAAGGAGAAAAAUACUACCUUCGACUAUUAUUGAUGAACAUAAAAGGCCCAAAAUCAUACGAAGACCUACGGACUGUUAACGGAACAUGUUAUAUCACAUUUAGAGCCGCUGCAGAAAAAAAUGGACUGAUGGCUUGUGACAACAACUUAGUUGAGUGUCUGUCUGAGGCAGCUACUUAUCAAAUGCCACAGAGCCUUAGACGUUUAUUUGCAACACUAUUAGUGUAUUGUAAUCCUGCUAAUCCAAAAGAAUUAUGGCAAACAUUUGAAUAUCCUAUGUCUGAAGAUUUUCUGCUUAUACCAAAUAUACAAACAGACCACAUUCGGUUUUUGGUUUUAGAUGACAUCAAUAAUAUUUUACAUUCAUUGGGUCAUAAUAUAAAUGAAUUUACACUCAUAUCAAAUAAUAAUUUCUCCUUCUCCACAUCUUCUACCAUAAUGCAACAACCCACAGACAUCCAUUUGGAACGAAAUAUAAUAGUCACUACCGCAGAUUUGUUGCUUCAUACAAAAUUAAAUAAAGAACAGCAAAAUGCUUAUAAUGUUAUCCUCAGUCGAAUCUUUUUAAAUAAGCCAGGAGCUUUCUUCGUUGAUGGACCUGGAGGAACUGGAAAAACCUACCUAUACCGUGCCUUAUUAGCUACUGUACGAUCUAAAGGAUUUAUAGCUUUAGCNUAUCAUCUCAUUCCUUAA